UCAAACAUUCCUUUCAGGAUUAAUAUAACCAUGCACAUCUUUAAUAAUACUUUUAAAGAGAGCCCGAACGUCAGGAUACGCACAAUAAAAGCAGGACAAAGGGAACUCGAUCAGAGGCGGCCGACUAACUUCAGAAUCCACGAGAUGAUUAAUUGCGGUCCAGAUAAUCAUUGUAUGAUAUUUUUAACAGAAAAUAAGUCAGAUGAAGAUUCUGAUAGUACUAUAGAUAUCAACAAUCUGAUCACAAUAAUUUUUGGUGCAAUAUCGAGCUUAAUGAUACCUGUGCUUCUGUUACUGGCUAGAAAUCGUAUCUUGGAUAGACGGAAUACCACAACAGAUGACAGAAAACCAGGUGAUGGCGCAGAGGACAAAAAAUCAAAUGACGAUGAAGAUAUCGUUCCAUCUUUAUAAGUAACUCAUUUUGU